AGAAAAUCGAAAACGAGGCUAUAGGGUUACGCAGUAAACAAUGGCGACUGCAUGGACUGGGAAACACUGUUGUGUUCCGCAGUGUAACGGCAACGGUAAACUCCAUCCAGAGCUGACAUUUCACAGAUUUCCUUCACAAGAAGAAACGAAGAAGGCGUGGAUAUAUGCUAUAAGGAGGGACCCGGGCCCAUUGUUUAAGGUUUGGCGUACAGAUAUUUCAAUUAUAACUGAGCAUAUAGUAGUGUGUUCACGACAUUUCAAGAAUACAGAUUUUGAAUGGACACCAUUAAGAAAAACAUUGAAACCAGGCAGUGUUCCAUCCAUUUUCAACUGGACAGAUGAAACAACUCCAAGGCGGGAUAUAUUCAAGCAUCCUUUACCAGAGAAAAGAGCAAGGAGGGAACUAACAUAUGAUGUUGAAAAUGAGGACAAUAUGGAGGUUGACACAGAUGCUUUGCACAGGACUACAAAUGAGGAUGGGUAAUUUCUAUAAAAUGUCAAUCUAUACAUUAAGCCUUUUGUUGUCUACCAAGUUAGUCAUGAAAUUGACAGUAAAAUAUUCAUAUGGAUUAUCAGCACAGACAUAUAAUACAAUUUUAUAUAAUUUAUUUUCUUUGUUUUUGUUACAAGAAACAAUUAUCUUUUUCACUGGCCUAAAGUUCUGAUGAGGUGUAUUAUUCAAUACUUUUAUUCUUGAUAUGUAAAAGUUUAAUGUGAGAAAUGUUUGAGAAAAUAUAGUACUGACUUACUUAUAUACAAUUACAAGUACAUAAUGUAUAUGACAGGUCAUAUAAAUACUACUGAUAAAUCAAAUGACACAAUAUUUUAGCUUUUUAUUUUCCAGAUUUAUUACUUAUUCAGAAUGUUUUUUCAUUAUGAAUCAUUCUCAAGAUGGUUAUGCAAUUGACAUACUUUAUGAAAUUGAGCAGUAGUUUGUCAUUGUAAAUAGCUAUUUUGGAUGAUUUAACUCACAACAUGAUCAUUUACUGCUGGACAGUUGGGUGCUGGAUCAUCUAGGUCAGGACAUGUGAGUAUAUAUAUCAAUCUAUAUGUAUUAUUUAUAUAUAUGUAUUCAAAGUGUUGAAUCAAUCUUUUAUAAAUAGUAAAACAGAGGAAUUACAGAAGAAGAGUGAGCACAUUAAGGAGUUAGAAGAACUAUUAAAGAAAA